AGUACAGUAGUGAACAUUUUUUAGUACAUGUUAUAUACCAAUUAGUGUAAAUUUUUUUUAUAUUUAAAUAAGUAUUAUAAUAAUUGACUUUCUUUGGAAUAAUAAAGAAUGGAUAAAAUUGAAGAUAAUGAAGAAAACAAAUCUAUGCUAGAUUUAUACAGAGAAAAACAUGAAAAAGAAAUUAGUCCUAAAGAAUUUAAUUUAAAAGUAAAGUGUUUUUUUAGCAAUAUAACAGUUGAACCUGUGUUACUAUUUUUUCAAAUAUCAUCACUAAUGUCAAAUUUAACGACGCAGAAUUUAAACUUACGAAAAGUAUGUAGAGUGAAUUUAAAUUAUACUGAAGAGAUAUGUUUUGCAUUAGAAAACAAAAACGCUACUUUAUUUAAAAAUGAAGAAAUCGUCGUACAAACAUUAGUAGCAAAUAUGUUAAUUUGGCAAACAGUAAUACAAAACAGUAUUCCAUGUAUAUUAGUUAUAUUUAUUGGUUCUUGGAGUGACCGUCACAAAAAACGAAAACCUUUUCUAUUGUUACCAAUAUUUGGUGAAUUAAUCCGAAAUACCGGCUUAAUAUUAUGUGUAUAUUUCUUUUACGAAUUACCAUUGGAAGUAGUUGGUCUUGUUGAGUCUUUACCAUCUUCAAUAAUGGGUAGUUUGCCAGUGUUCUAUAUGGCCGCAUUUUCAUACAUAACUGACAUAACUUCUAUAAAAAAUAGAACUAUGAGAAUUGGUCUUUUAAACAUAGCUUAUGGAACAGCAUGGUCUAUUGGAACAGCUUUUUCUGGAGUUAUUUUUCAAAAAUUUGGAUUUUAUGGUGUUUAUUAUGCAUCUACUUUACUAUUUUUACUAGCCUUUAUUAUUGCACUUGUACGUGUAAGAGAAAAACAUAAUACACAUAAAAGAGAAGUCUUAAUAAAGUCAGAUGAAACAUGUAUGUUUCAAAUAAUGGACUUCUUUAGUAUGAAUCAUUUCAAGUCUUCAAUUAAAGUAACAUUUAAAAAAGAACCACACAGAAGAACGCUUAAAAUUAUUAUGAUUAUAAUUCUAUAUUUUACUGUUGAAGGUCCAGUAAAAGGGCAAAGCUCGGUUGAGUACAUGUUUACUCGGUUGAAAUUUGGAUGGGAUGAAGUCGACUACAGCAUAUUUUCAACAUUUUCCACCAUUAUUAAUUUACUAGAUUGCACUGGGGAUGAAUUAGUUAUUAAACAAUUAUUGUUGUUAGGAUGUUUUACGCUCUUUGGUAUUGGAAUUGCUCUAGGAAUUUUCAGUAAAUUAUUGGAUUUCGAUGAUUCAACAAUUGGGUUAAUUGCUGUAACGAGCAAGUUAUCAGCGGGAUUUAUAUUUGCAUUUGCUACCUCUAAAUUUUUUUUCUACUUCGGUGUUAUCGUUGAGAUUAUUUUUACAUCGUCACACAUAAUUAUGCGCUCUAUUUUAUCUAAAAUUGUUCCUCCACAUGAAAUUGGACAAGUUUGCUCAAUAAUCGCAAUCAUACAAACUCUGGUUCCUGUAAUAUACAUACCAUUAUAUAGUGCAAUUUACAAAAUAUCAAUGGAAAUAUUUCCUGGUUUUUUUUUUAUAUUUACCUCUAUAUUGCUUAUACCUGCAUUUUUUAUUUACUUGAAACUGUAUUUAGAAAAUAAACGAUCAAAUUUGCAAACAAAUUCGUAAAAUAAUAAUUGAAGUGUUUGCUAAGAAAAGAGAGAAGCUUGACUUUGGUGAAUUUUGAUUUGAAAGUCUUAAAUAAAUUAUUUUUAUUAAAACAUGAGUGCUAUAAAAAAAAUUUUCUUUUAUUUAGUAUUUAAAAUAAUAUUUACAUGCUUUUGUUGUAAAGCAAUUAUAAAAAUAAAAUUACAAACACUAUUGUAUUAUAUGAAAAUAUCAAGUUUUGUAUAUGAUUUUGUUAAAAAUAGAAAAUUCCCACCGUUUAUGCAAUGUGCUUAUGGAAACACAGAGUAUUAUAAUUUGUGAAUUAUUUCAGUUACCUAAACAUUUAAAGAACCCUUAAUUUUCAUUUCUAUGUAACUUAAUACCACAAACUAAU